AUGGGUUUCUUGAAAGCGCUAGAUAGACCAUACAUUAACCCUUUCUACCACUCACAAGCUGAUGAAGAACCCGAUGACGUCGUCAAGGAAGAAAACGGUUUGACCUCGACAAGCAGUCCGAGUGAUCAACCUCCACACUAUCAGGAAAAUUAUGGCCCAGACAAGACUCCCACGUCUGCACCUGGCGCCGCAUAUGAAGGCGAACAAGUCGAUGAUGACUACCAAACUGGAGUCAAAAAAGCUGAGGGUGUCACUCUUGCAUGGAACAAGAAAGCACUAUGGUUGACUUACAUCUGGAUUUAUGUCGUUUACUUCGAGAUUGCUCUCAUGUCCACCAUUACUGGCUAUCUGGGCAACUACGCCAAUGCUGAUUUCAGCACGUCGCAGCUGCUUUCGGUCAGCUCUGUCAUGAGUUCCAUUAUCGGUGGUGUGCUGCGCUUGCCAACCGCAAAGAUCAUUGACAUUUGGGGACGUGCCGAAGGCUUUUUCGUCAUGAUGGUAAUCACCAUCAUCGGUCUAAUUAUCUUCGCCGCCUCACACAACGUCCAAACGUAUGCCGCUGCUUCAGUCAUAUACUACAUUGGUUACGAUGGCAUGUACUAUGUCAUGACCGUCUUUAUCGCCGACACUACCAGACUGAAGCACAGAAUCCUCAUGCUGGCUAUCUCUCAGACGCCUUUCAUCUGUACCGCUUUCACCACCCCUUACGCUGUCUCGAGCUUCGUCAAUGGAGCUGGCUGGAGAUGGGGUUAUGGAACAUUUGCCAUCGUCACUCCUGUGGCCUGCCUUCCUCUUUGCGGUGUGUUCCUUUACUACCAACGCAAGGCCGAAGCCAUGGGCUUGUACAAGAAGACUGAAUCACCCUCUCUUGGCUUUUACGGAACAAUCGCACAUUACUGGGUUGAAUUCGACGUGGUUGGUGUUUUCCUGCUCGUCGCAGGGUUCGUCCUGUUCUUGCUACCAUUCUCUCUCGCCACUUCGGUUGCCGGACAAUGGAAGAGUGCGAGCAUCAUCUGUAUGCUAGUUAUUGGCUUUGUGAUUCUCUGUCUGUUCCCUGUGUGGGAGCGUUUCGGUGCUAGCAAGCCUUUCCUACCAUGGGAGAGACUCAAGGAUCGUACCAUUUUUGGCGCUGUUCUCUGUAUCGCCAGUCUUUACACAGCGUUCUACUGCUGGAAUCUUUACUACUACACGUUCAAUCAGGUGGUCCUUGGCCUCGACACCACCGAUGCUACAUAUAUGGGAGAAAUUUAUACUGUCGGCUCUUGCUUCUUCGGUGUGAUCACAGGUCUUCUCGUCAAAUGGACCAAGCGCUACAAGUGGAUCGCACUUGUUUCCGUCCCACUCUACAUGAUCGGUACUGGCUUGAUGAUUUACUUCAGACAACCCGGCGUCGCUCCCAGAUAUGUCGUAUGCGCACAGAUCUUUGUCGCGUACGCUGGAGGCACUCUGGUACCUUGCCAUCAAGUCGCAGCUCUUGCUGCUGGUACCCACUCAGAUUUCGCAACAACUCUCGCUCUUCUUUACCUGGCCUCCUCGGUCGGUGGCGCAAUUGGCGACUCCAUCGCCGGUGGUAUCUGGACAAACGUCUACCCCGUACAGCUGAACAAACGUCUACCCGCCGACAUUGCAACAUCAGUCUACUCAAACUACCUCAACGCACUCAAGUACGAGCCUGGCACCCCAACUAGAGACGCAAUUGCCACUGCUUUUGGUAUUGCACAAAGGGAUAUGUGCAUUGCAGCUACCUCCAUCACUUCGCUCACGUUCAUCGCUGUCUGGAUCUGGCGCGAUAUUAACCUUGGCAACAAGAAGCAAAUCAAAGGUGUUGUUGUCUAG